CGCAGUAGGUUAAACAGAGGAUCGUAUUUUUGUUCCUGUGUCAACGAAAAGAAGAAAAGAGCAGUAGCCAGUCAAGACCCGGUUAAGUUUUCAUCAAACAUUGUUUUUUUUUUCAGACAUUGAUAGAAAACUCUCCUAUUACCUGAUAUCAACCAGACCUUCAUCUAUCUAGCAGAAGUGUAGCUGAAGAUGAACUCCAAUGUGGAGAAUUUGCCCCCUCAUGUUCUUCGAUUGGUAUACAAAGAAGUUUCAGCUUUAGCAGCAGACCCACCUGAAGGAAUCAAGAUUUAUCCUAGUGAUGAAGAUAUAACUGAACUGCACACAGCCAUCGAAGGACCUGAGGGAACUCCGUUUGCUGGUGGCAUUUUCCGAAUGCGUCUGGUCCUCGGGAAGGAUUUCCCUGCUGUUCCACCCAAGGGGUAUUUCCUGACCAAGAUUUUUCACCCCAACGUGGGUCAUAAGGGAGAGAUCUGUGUCAACGUGUUGAAGAGGGACUGGAAGGCAGAGCUUGGCCUUAGACAUGUUUUACUUACAAUCAAGUGUCUUCUUAUCCACCCAAAUCCAGAAUCUGCACUGAAUGAGGAGGCUGGCCGCUUGCUGUUAGAGGACUAUGCAGAAUAUGAGUCCCGUGCUCGUUUGCUCACAGAGAUCCAUGCCAUGGGUGGGCCUGGCGGGACCUCAGGGGCACCUCAGGACCCUAAUGAUGGCCCACAGCCAAAAAAACAUGCAGGCGACCCUACAAAGAGGGCGGGACCCAGCGCAGCAGCUGUGCCAGCCGCUCUGGGUAACGGAGCUAAUGGAGCCAGCAGCACCACCAGCAGUAGCAACAAUAGUAGUAGCACCAAUAAUGUAGCAGGGAAAAAGAAAGCAGAUAAAAAGCGUGCAUUGAGGCGACUUUAAUGCCUCUGCAAUAUUCUCAGUGAGUGUGUGUGUGCGUGUGUGAGUGUGUGUAAAUAUAACUAUUGAGGUGUGUUGAUAAUGUUUUUGUUUCCCUUUUCUCUGACUAUUUCUACCACCCUUUCAGACAGUCCACUUUGUACUUGUACCUUCCCUUUCUUUAGCCAUGAGUUUGCCUUGUCCUGUUGGCAUCACACAAUUGUAUAACUAUGAAAGUCAUCACUUGUAUUUUUCCAUAGCUCCGUAGGUUUAAAUGAAUGACACAGGGAAUGGUGUUCACUGUGCUGUCCACUAAUGAUAUGUGAUUAUUAUUGUCUCAGCUUUGCUGUGAACUUUAUAGCGGCUUUUUUGAACUGUGUCCUGGUAAGCUGUUCUGGGAUGGUACUGUGUACUGCUCAGCCAGCCACAGAUUUAAGAUCUAAACCAAGAUGUUGCUUAAAGUCAGGUUUUCAAAUUGAACUGUGAGGGAAUAAUGGAAGAAUUUGCUGAAUAAUUAUGCAAAAAGUCAGUGGGGUCACCAGUAGAAGGGAAAUAUUGAUUCUGUCACACAAAUGAUAACGUCUUCAUAAAGCAUAUUUUUCAUGAUGUGACCAGAAUGAAGUUGAGGCAUUGAAAGUAAAGGAAGUCUGUUGUGUUCUUUAUGAAAUACCUAUUAUAUUUUUUUUCUAAAAUAGUUUCACUGUCCAGUGUUUUCAAAGUUGUUUAUAAUUGAUGCAUCCAUGUUCAAGUGUCUUGUGGUUUUUUGUGUGAAAACCUAGAUGAGGGCUGUAUGGGAACAGGGUAGGUUAGGUUGUAUAUAUAUAUAUAUAUAUAUAUAUAUAUAUAUAUAUAUAUAUAUUACACACACAAAAAUAAAAUCUCAUCUAUUAUCUGUGUUAAGCAUACAGUGGUAUGUGGAGUCAGUUAAACUACCCCUACCUUAUAAAGUAGUGUGUGAUCUCAGUUACCCAGCUCCCCAAACAGCCAUAUGGGUACCAGAGAAGACGUAGUAGGACAACUUCCAUGUUUGAUAGAAAUUGUCUCACCACCUGUUGCAUUGGCAGGGUUUCUUGGGCAGAUUUUCCCUCUGUACUAAACACAUGCGGGGUCUACAUUUCCCAAGGAAACACACUGAAACGCUACCUUGGAUGGAAAAGGUGCCUCUGGAAGCUCUUGUCAAUGUGCAGACUGGCUGGAUGUUUAAUGUCCAUUUUAAAUUAUUUAAAUUAAUAAAACAUUGAGAUACAAGAAGUGAAAUGCAAAA